AUGCCAGCCUUGAUUGACACAAGACAACUGCACAUGACAUUGGUUGCAGUCUCGAUUGAAAAAUCGUUCGAGAAUGAAAUCUUUUCUGCUUUUCUUGAAGAGAUGGGUACACAAGCCAAGAAGUACUUUGCACAGUCUCCCCUGCUCACACUUUCCGGAAUCGGUCAUUUCGACGAGCGGGUGAUAUACCUCAAACCCGAGAAAGGAGAUCUGCUGGAUCGUUUGUAUGACUUUGCUCUCGACCUGAAAGCAUUCUUUUCGAGAUUUCCUGGGUCCUCUGUUGAAGAUAUGGUGUUCCGACCGCACGUCACGAUCUUAAAACUCUCGAAACUUCCUGAAGGCUCGAAGAAACUGAUCAAGAACGUGAGCAAGGACGUGUGGUUCGAGCACAGAGACAUCAAGUGUGGAACUCAAAGGAUUUCUCGAGUGGAACUGAAUGCAAUGCGCAUUGAUAGGACUACAGGGAGAUAUUAUUGCGAGAGAUGUAUGUCCACAUCAAGCAACAAGGCAAUGGCGCCAGCGCCAGUGACCAGCAUGGAAAGGGGCGAUGUUGUUGGUAUGAAUCAUGAAACAACAGAAGUCCUCAUAGGGGACAAGGGCGUCACCGCCGACAGGAAGGGGAAGCGGAGAGGGCGCUUGCAGCAGAACUACAUGCCUCCUAGCUAG